GUUUCUCCAUUCCCAUUCCACUCCCAGCUUUCCACUCUUUCUUAACAUCUCUCUGAUAUAUUCUCCCUCUCAAUUAACAGAUUUGAAAUCAUUCCCCUGAUCGAUCAUCAUCAAUGGAACCUGCUCUCGACAUGGCUGCCCUCGAUUUCAUCAAGAACCAUCUUCUCGGCGAGUUCUCUCCCAUCUGCAAAAGCUCUGGCUGCUCUGUUGUUACUGAGCUAACAACCACCACCACCACCUCCUCCUCCUCCUCCUCAUCAUCAUCAUCUUCGGAUAUAUCCAGAUCCCAGUCUACUUCUCAAUCUUCCAUCGAAAUCUCUGACUACUUCGACAAUGAACUCUUCGACUUCACCUCCAACAAUAUUCCCAUCCCUGACGACUUCUUCGAGUUCGAAACCAAGCCACAAGUGAUUGACCUCACAACCCCAAAACCAACUGAUCUGACCUCCCAAAUAUCCUUUGAGUUUGACUCCAAGCCUCAGUUUAACAGCUCUGCUAGUUUCUUCGAGUUUCAACCGGAGGUUCAGAUCUUGAACCAAACAGCUCCCAAACCGGUCACUACUUCUGCCCGGAAACCUGCCCUCACCAUCUCUCUCCCCAACAAGACCGAAUGGAUUCAGUUCUCGAAUUCCGACAAGAGUCAAUUAGUGGUCCAGAAAACCGUUCAGAAUGAGGAGAAGAAGAAGCACUACCGCGGCGUCCGACAAAGGCCGUGGGGCAAAUACGCGGCGGAGAUCCGAGACCCGAACCGAAGAGGCUCCCGGGUCUGGCUUGGAACCUUUGACGCAGCCAUCGAGGCCGCCAAGGCUUACGACCGGGCGGCGUUUAAGCUCCGAGGCUCCAAAGCCAUCCUUAACUUCCCUCUAGAAGCCGGGAAAUAUGACACCCCGCAGCCUAAUAAGACGGCGGCCGUGGUUGAGAGAAAACGACGUCGUGAGGAGGAAGUGCAACCGGAAGUACCCGUGGUGGUGAAGAAGGAGAAAGUAACGGUAUCGGAGGAGGCUGUGAGUUAUAUUAAGGAUAUGCCGUUGACACCGUCGAGUUGGACGGCGGCGUUGUGGGACUCCGAUGAGGAUGUGAAAGGGAUCUUCAGUGUUCCGCCGUUGUCGCCGUUAUCUCCCCACCCAGCGAUGGGUUUUUCACAACUUAUGGUCGUAUGAAAAAAAACAGAAAGACUAAUUCCAUUUUUCAUUGGCGCCGAGUUGUUUAAUAGAUUAGGACCUUUUUAAUUCUUUUUAAUUAUCUGAAGAAAAUGGUAUAUAUUGUUCCCGUAUAUAUGUGAUAUAUGUACGUGGGAACUUUUGAUAAUGGAUGAGAAGGAUUGUGUUAAUUUGGUAAACUUUGUAUAUAUUCCCAGUUU